CACAAACACACAGGCUAUAGUUUGUGCUUCCGCUGUGUGAUGUUCGAUGGAAAGCAAAAUUUGCUUCUCCGUAAAACUAAUGCCGCAUGGAUGCCAAUUUGCGAACAAAUGCUGUGGCAAAUUUCUACCCAGAUUUUCAGGUUUAUUCUGUUAAACAUUCAAGUGAAUUGAUAUUUUGUGAAUUAUUCGGAAAGCUCGCAAUUUGAGUGAAGAGGGGGAGGGUCGUUGGUAGCCUAGUAAGCUAUCCAGUUAAAAUAAUUGAUAUUAUCAUUCAGAUUUAGAAAGCGGCAAAGUGCAUAACAUGUACAUGCGCUAACUGUACAUCGAACAGUGGCUGGUAUAAAACAGCAUAAUCAAACGUGACCUGCAAAGGCCACGUUUCAAAGACAAGGGGAUGGCGGCGUCUGCAGCGCCGGAUGGUCUAGCGCCAGAACUUAUAGAUAUCUACGAUGACUUCAAUCAAAACAAUGGGGAGGAAGGGGACUUCAUGGGUUCAGUGGAUCCAAAUGAUCUUUAUGAUGAUGUAGUAACUGGUUCUGUGGAUCAGAGAAGGAUGUCAGGAGGGGACGUCAGGACACAUAACAAAGACCUGGAGAAACAUGAUAACCCCAAACCACUAAUAACAUACAGCUACAGUGGGGGACAGACCAAGAGGCUUUCAGUCUAUGUUGGAAAUUUCUCCUGGUGGACCUCAGACACUGAUCUGUUAACCUUGGCAAGCACGAUGGGAGUCAAGGACAUUUUGGAAAUCAAGUUUGCAGAAAAUCGGGCAAACGGCCAGUCCAGAGGCUAUGCUGAACUUGUGGUGUCCACUGAGGCUUCCUUGCAGAAGUUGCUGGAGACCAUGCCACAGUGUCACAUCAACGGAGAGAGGGUAGAUUGCCGUUUUGCCACACGGCAGAACCUUGCAGUGUUUGAAACACUGGCAAACAAACGUAUUCCUCAGCGUUCCAACUCCAAGUCAGAGUCCGAGUCAGUGACGGACAACCGCCCCAACUUUCCUUCCUCUUCUGAGCCAUGCCCACCCAGCCACGCACCGCUUGUUAUGCCACCACAUCCCCAUGUCAACAAGCUCCCAUCCAUCGCUAUGCCAUUUUAUGGCCGACCCCCCCCUCUAUAUCCCCCUCCCCCCCCCCGCCACUCCUUACCACCUCCAAUACCUCCUCCACUUUACCCACCGCCACCCCCCCACAUCCCCACACAUCAGCCCCCACCUGCCCUUCAUCUCAACCCAGCCUUCUUCCCCCCUCCUCAGGAGAGCUACAACAACCCACCACCCUACUCCCGACAAAGGGAGAGGGAGGACUCCACACCUCCACUGCCAGACAGCGAAUAUGAUGAAUUGAUGAACAGAAACAAAACCAUCGCCAGCAGUGCCAUCAGCAAGGCUGUGGCAGGAGCCGCUGCAGGAGAUGUGUCCCUGGCUGUAGAGACCCUCCUCACUGCAAUUGCAGUCAUUAAACAGUCUCGAGUGUACAGUGAUGAACGCUGUCGGGCUUUGGUGACUUCACUCAAAGAUUGCCUCUUCUCCAUUGAGAGCAAGUCUUAUGGCUCAAGGAAGAAACAUCGAUCACGUGAGAGGGAACGCUCACGUGACAGGGAACACCGGGACCGAGAGAGGGAGCGAGAGCGUGAUCGGGACCGAGACAGGGAGGGCUCCUACAGUCAAAACUGGGAAGCAGGAGGAAUGUCCCGCCGGUACAGAGACCGUUCUCUUAGCGCUGAGAGAGACCGGGAGCGGAUGCGGGUGCAGCGAGACCGACAUCGAGAACACCGGGAUCGACACCGCUAGGACAUUUCAGAACAUACUCAUGUUUGCAGCAUAGAGGGUCCCUUGGAAAAAAGGAUUCUGUGCCAGGAUGUCUGAGGACCCAAAGGUAGCACAAGUGGAGGGGGGUGCCCUACCUUGGUCAUUCCAAUAUUUCACUCAACUUUCCCCAACCCCUUGUUAGUUUUCAACACUGAGGUUCUGUCAGAAUUAAUCAUACCCAAGUGUCCCAUCACCACCCGGUUAUGUUGGAACAGAGAUCGUGCUUCAUUAAAGUUAAUAGAUUUAAAUUCUUCAAGUUGAUAAGUUUCAGAUGUCACUAGUGCUGUGGUACUGCAAAUAUUAAUUUUUAUAUGUUCACUGUUUAUUUUGAUCAUUUCUGCUUCAUUCUUUUGUAAGUACAAUCUCAGAAUUAAAAGGAAUAUAUAAGUU